AUGUUUGGUCGAGCGGUUUGUCCCCAUAUUUUCCUUCUCGCUGCUGUACAGAUUCUGCUACCAGUGCAUUCAAGUUUACAGUACGACGGUGUCGGGAGGAAUGCAUCAAAUGGAACAUCGCCGGAAGAUCCACAGGACAUAUUCGAGACCGUAUUAUACACAAGCCUGAUCGUAAGCGUCUGCGGUGUCAUAUCAAAUGGCUUUCUCCUGGUCGUCUUUGCUAUGGAUCCACUGCGGUGCUUACGUAACGUUUCCUCGGGUCUGAUUCUCAACCUGUGCAUUGCAGACCUGCUCACCUCGACGACGCUAGUUUUAUGGAAUACAAACACCUGGGACUGGGCAUCUGAUGAGCUCAGCGAAGUCAUAUUCUCCCUAGUUUGGUUUGGAUACUCUGCCUCAUUCCUCACCGUCGCAUUGCUCUCUCUGGAAAGAUACAUCGUAAUACGUUACAUCUGGUCUUCGGAUUCGGUCGUGACGAAGCGGAGAACCGCGUACGCCGUCGUGAUCAUUUGGCUCAUUUCAGGGAUGUCGUUCGUGCGACUUGAUAAGAAAAACAUAAGCGUGCACAUAUUCAUAUCGUCUUCCGUCUACGAGCUAUGCGUGUUGGUUGUCAUCGUAUUUUACACAAAGCUUUGGGUGAUUCGCAGACGACACACGUUUCAGCAUCACCGAGCUCUUAAGAAAGAGAGUGAACUAACCAAGGUCGUGUUCGCGCUGAUCAUUCUACUUUUCGUAACGACGCUUCCGUUGAUUUUCCUCUACCAGUUGUUACAUGGAUUGAAUCUCUUUUGUGGAACUCGCUGCAUCCCCAAUGACAUGGUAUAUAUUCCACCCUAUCUCACCCCGAUAUUCUCAGUCAAUUUCGUUAUCAACCCCGCUUUGUACGGCUGGAGACUACCCAAAUAUCGACGCUCGUUUUUCGCGGUCUGUGGCGUUGUCGUGGGAAACCCGGUGAGACAAAAAAUUGACAAAGUCGUAAGGUAUACACGCAAGGAGACGAACAGCUUGGAGGUGAAUACGACGCAGGUUACGAAUGGAUCUUGCAUUUCACUAUGAUUUCAGGAACGUCGGCGGUAAAAAUUAUCUCCAGAGACCACAACUUUGCAAAUGAAAAUGUUUGCAUGAUUGUCAAACAUUCAGCGCUAUUAAUAAAACUAAUAUUUUCUGUAAACUAUGAAAAAUACUGCAAUUUCAUUGGUCGAGAGGAGUGCGAUUUAAGCUUUAUUCGCAUCCUUUGUAACUUGUAUUCGAAUUCUUGCUCAUAGCCAAUAAAAAUCACUCUACUAUAGCCAUUCAGGACAUCACAAUUCAGGACACCAAAUAUAAACUGUGGAAGGUGAAUAACAAAUAAAUUUUAAUCAUUCCAAGUUGUACUAUUUACCAAGUAUUGUAUUUUUAUCUCUUUUUGAUUAAAGAAGUUGUAUAAUUA